AUGUUUAUCACAGGUUUCAAUGAAAAUCGCGCCUCCGCCUUCAGUAGAGUACCAGAAAUAGUAUCGCUAACAAUUCUUGUAAUCAUAAGUGGUUGGAUGUUCCAAAGAGCUCUGCCUGUAUUCUAUCAGGUAUUUUACAUUGUCAUGCCAACUAUAAGUUUGCUUGGGAACGCAUCAAUUGUGUACGUAACCGUACGUUCAUGGUCUCUGCGAAAUCCAUGCAAUAUUCUUAUCGGAUCUAUGGCUAUGGGUGAACUUUUGCAUAUGCUUGGGCAUUAUGUUAUGAUUGGAUCGCUUUACAUGAAUGGUAACAACUUGAUGAGACAAGAUCUUUGUGUUUACUGGCAAACGCUCCCAACAUUGGGCAUGUUCUUCUCCGCUAUAGUGCUCGUCAAUGUUGCUAUCGAUAGAUUGAUGUCUACGCAGAUAUUUUAG